AUGUCAAAUACACUUCCCAUUAGCUCAAUUUUACUAACAGAUCCAAUGAGCAAACCAGCUCGAAUUCAAGUCAAUUUAGAGUCAAUAGAGGCUACAGAAAAACCUGUUUCAAGUGCAGGUACCAGUUUUAAUAUUUGGUACUCAAAAUGGACAUCAUCAACCUCAUCUACAGCUACCGGGGCCAAAUUUAAAUGUAAUGUCAAACAAGAUCAAGGUUAUACAAAAGCAAGAAAAAAUAGUUAUAUAUGCCUAUUUUUCAGUCGAGGUUGUUGCUAUUUAGGUUCAAAAUGUCAUUUUUAUCAUAGACUACCACUAGAAUCCGAUAACUUUAAUUUUAAAAAAGACUGUUUUGGAAGGGAUAAAACUCCAAAUUACAAAGAUGAUAUGGAUGGUGUAGGAUCAUAUAAUCAUGAAAACCAUACUUUAUUCAUUGGGAAUAUUAAAGCUAAGAAUAUUGAAGAAGUACUAAAGAAAAAUUUUGAACAAUUUGGUCAAAUUGAAAACAUUCGAGUUUUACUUAAUAAAUCUUGUGCAUUUAUUACUUAUAAAUUGGAAUCAGAAGCUCAAUUUGCAAAAGAAGCUAUGCAGCAACAAGUACUUGAUGAUGGAAACGAAACUUCACCAAUAAUUAUACGAUGGUCAAAUGAAUAUAAAAAUCAAGAAAAGAGAAAAAUUGACAAUACAGCUAAUGCUAUAAGGAAUAUGAUGGAUUCAGAUACUCAUAAAAAGAUCAAAAUAAUUCAGGAUUUAAAUGGCAAAAGCCCCACUGAAAUAGUUGAAGUUGAAGAUACAAAUAAAUUAUUGGGAGACGAUGAUGAAGGUGGAGAUGUUGAAAAAUUGAUUAUAAAACCUAGAAAGGAAGGUAAAUUACAAAAAACAACUUAUGGUAGUCAUAAUUAUACUUUACACAAUGGGAAUUUCCAUUCCCAUUCAAAUCGAUUUCGAAAACCAAUUAAUGGUUACGCAAAUGGGAAUCAGAGAGAACCAAUUAUCAGUGAUUCUACAAUGAAAGAUGUUGCAAGAUUUAGAAAAAAAUUGAUUUUUAGACGACAUGAACCUAAAUUAGUUAGUGUAUUAGGAAACUAUUCAACUGAUGAAGAUGAUGAUUAA